AUGGAUUAAUAGCACUAACCCAGGAAUAACAAAAAACGAUAAACAAUUUCGAAAGAAUUGGCUUAAAGAAAGUAGAGCAUUAUUUAGUAAUUUUAAUCCGGCACUCAAAUAGUAAAAUAGGGAUCUCCAUAAAAAGUGAUUAAAUAAGAAAAGGAGAAUAGAAAAGAAUCAAUAGAUUCAUCCUUGAAUUCUCGCUCCUCUUUGGUUAAAUAAAAAAAAAAAAAAUAAGAUAAAGAAUUAGAGGGUUGUGAAGAGUAUAAUUUAAAUUCAUCUGAUUAUUCCGAAGAAACUAUAUUAACCAUUCAAUAUAUUUCAUAUGAAUCAAGAAAAACGUCAAAAAAGUUUAUCGAGAAUCUUAAUGUAAAAUCCCUGAAUGCCAAUCCCCAGUGUGAUUAUGAGAUGUAAGAUUUGCAGAAUAGAGACAAAUUGUUGGAAAUUACUAAACUAUUAGCUAUAGAACAAGAGGAACCACAGGAAAAUGAAAUAGCUUACUAGAAGAUAAUCAAAAGAUAUGAGAAACAAAUCUAGCGAAAUCCUUUUCAAGAUCCAUACUAUAUUAUAUUAGUACCACUAUAGGGUCUAAGCAGAUUAUUUUAUGAAUUAAAGAAAUACUAAGAUAAUGUAAAAUUUUUGCAGAUUCGCAAAUGUCUUGUUUUUAUUUCGUUAGUGAUUCCGAUCUUAGCAAAGGGAAUGAUGAAUACCAGAAUAUACAAAAUGCUUAUGACAAUCCUAAUAUUAUUUAAUGUUUGCUUAUUUAUAGUUGUUAAGACAGAGCAUAGAGAAGACACAUUUGAAAUUGAAUAGGCAGUAACUAUACUAUUCAUAAUUGAAAUUUUGAUGAGAAUCUUCGUUUCAGGAUUUUUUUUUACAAAAAAUGCAUUCUUUCGAAACAUUUAGGAUAUUUAUGAUUUCACAUUGAUAUUUGCUACUACAAUUAAUCUUUAUUAUCCAGAGAUUUUUAUAAUAGAUAUUUCACCAUUAAGAAUGAUUACACUUCUUUUUUAUCUUGGAGAUAUAUUUGUAGGAUUGGGAGUUAUGUUAUUGGCUUUGAAAUAAUCAAUUAAAUUUUUAUUGGAAGCCUUGAUGAUAGUUGGACUCUUUUCCUUAUUCUUUGCAAUAUUUGGUGUAUUUCUAUUUUAAGGAUUAUUUAAUUUCCGAUGUGAAUAUGACAAUGGUGAUGAAACAGAUGGGUGGAUUCAGUGUCAUCAAAAUUAGUGUUAUCAAGAUGGCAUGACAUGUACGUACACUGAGGAAACCCCUAAAAUGCCCACAUCAUUUAAUAAUGUGAUAUAUUCAUACGGUCAGAUUUUAAGAACUAUAACAAUGGAUGAUUGGAGUUGGGUGAUGUUUUUUACUAUGAGAAUAUUUCAUCCUUGGAUUUGGGUCUACUAUUUGUUGAUUAUAUUUGUGGGUGGUUUUUUUGGUUUUAAUUUGGUUAUAGCUGUGUUGAAGACUCAUUAUUCAGAGGCUGCUGAAGAAAGCGAAAAGCAAUAGGAAAAAGCUAGGAUUGAGAAAUUGAUUAAAGAUAAUCAAGAAUAUCCAGAGAGAGAGUUAAUAAAUGUCUUUGAUGUAGCAUUUUUAAGAGAUAUUGGGUUUUUUGCUACGAUUCAAAAAUAUCGAGAGUCUUUUUAGAGAAGAUCUGUUUUAAGUUGGAAUUUGGAAUCAGAAGCUUAGAUGAAUAAAACAAUAAUUGAAGCUAGAACCUUAUCAGCUGCAUAGAGAAAAUUAAAUAACUAAUAUAAUGUAGAGAAUUUAAGUUUUUAAAAUAAACUAAGGUAAUUUACAACCAAGAAUUUUUUAUUGACUAAGUUUCGUGUAUUGAAAUACCAAUAACAAAAGAUAAAUAUUAAAAAGUAUUCAGAUGAUCCUCUAGAACUAGAAAUUCUAUAAAAGUUGUAAAAUAUAUCAUAUUCAUGUCUAUAAUCUUAAGUGAAUUAAUAAAUAGAUUAAAAUUAUUCAAGCUAACAUGACAUUUUGUUAAAGUUUAUUGAAAUUGAUUUAGCAUUGUAAGAAGAAAAGAAAUUCAAUCCAGAAAAAAUGAGAAAAAUUAAAUUUAAGCAUUAAUAUCCUGAUUGGCAGGGUUAAGUAGAGAAGUUAAAGAAAUAGGCUCAAAGAUCUAUUGAAAUUAAGAAGAAUAAGUUCCCUUAUAGAUAAAAGAAAAGUAAUAAAUGGAAUACUACCAUCAAAAUAGAGGAUGAAAAAGAAUAAGAAACAAGCAAAAAUUCUUGUGAUGAUUUUGAAAGAUCUCCUGAAUAAAAACUGAAUUUUUGUUUUGAAAAGAAUACAUCAAUUAAAAAAAAAUCAAAGAAAUUUAUAAAAAUUAUAAAUGGUGAAUAGGCUGUUUAUGUGUAGGGUUAUUAUCUUUCAUAUAAAGAAAUUCGUGAUAAAAUUAAUUUGAAAAUCCCAAUUAUCAAAGAUAAUUAAACAAGUAAUCAAUUUAAAUAUAGAAAAAUAAGAGAGAAAGAAGUUUAAAAUGGAAAGCUGAUCACUUCAAGCAAUUGGUCAGGUAAAGACGUAUUAACUCUAAAUACAAAAAACUAUUAGAUGUUUAGUCAAAUUUUCCUUCAACUCAACAGAAAGGACAUCCUAAUUUGGAUGAAAGGUCUCAAAGGAAUGGUUCUAAAUUUUAACAAACAUACCAAUGUUAUAAUUACAAGUUCAACUAGUCAAACAUUUUUUGACUUGAUUAUUUUCAUAAAUUUUACAUUUUUGGCAUUAUGGAAUAUUGUAGAUUCUACUACAAUCCAUUCAGUUGAAAACGUUUCAACUAUCAUACUAUCCUUUGAAUUGAUUCUAAGAUUGAUAUCAAUCUCAAUAAAAAAUUUUACCAGCAAUCCUAAUUACUUACUUUAAGCAGCAAUUGUUAUAUUGAAUAUAGUUGAAUUAACUAUUAAGAAUCUGUUAAUUGGUUUGGGAUAAUAAAACUUGAGAUUGAUUAGAGGUACAAAAUGUUUGUUAUUUUAUCGGUGUCUAAAAUACAAUGCGAUGGCUGUUAAAAUAGGACACAUAGCAUCAAUGACUUUCAAACAAUACAUUUAUUUGACAUUUUUGAUGUUUUUAGUGAUUUUUAUGUAUGCUUUGGUUGGAAUGGAGAUGUAUGCAGGUAAGUUUGAUUAGGCUGAUUCUUUAGGACAAUUGCAUUCAUAUGAUAACAUAUUUAAAGCAUUCAUGACAAUAUUUAACAUAAUGACCAAUGAUGAUUGGUAUGGAGUGUAUGUAAUGGGAAGUGAUAUUAAUUACACUUUCGCAGUAAUAUAUUCUUAUUCGAUGGUUAUCAUAUUGAAUUAUUUAACUUAUGGUCUAUUUAUGGCUAUUCUACUUGAUGGUUUUGGGAAGUAUCUAGACUAAUCAAUUGAAAGUACACACGUACAUGAAGAAAAUGCUCAAUUGACUUAGAAUUCCAAUUAAGAAUUAGAACAAUAAGUAUAUUAGACAAUCUUGACUCCACAAGCAUCUUAAACUAAUAUUAUGCUAGAACAAACUUAAACUUAAGGAAAAUCUAAGAUUGGUCUCAUAACCAACUUUUUUAAAUCAAUAAGAUCUUUAAAUAAGGAAUUGCUCAAUAAAUCACCAAAGCUAUAUACAGGAAUUGAAUGUUAAACCUCUCUUUACAUUUUUGAAAAGACUAAUUAUUUAAGAAUGAUAUGCACUAGAUUAGCAACAUCUAAAACUUAUAUUUACUUUAUGGAUCUAGUGUUGUACACUUCAUUGGUUACUUUUAUAAUGAAUACAUACUAUGAUUAUGAGGAUACUAGCAAUAUAGUUUGUGAUUAGAUUCAGUUAAUAAUCAACAUUCAAAUGUUUUUAGAUAUAAUAAUCAAUGUUAUAGCAAAAGGGUUAUUUUUAGAUAAGGGAUCAUAUUUUGUGUCAGUGUGGUAAAUUUUAGAUGUAAUAUACAUCAUUUCACAUUUCAUUACCUUCAGCAAUUCUUCAGAUCACUAUGCUCCAAUCUUUGAUGUUUGCUUGUAUUUAGGGUAUUUGAGACCGAUGAAAUUGUUAUUUAGGAUAAGUUGGCUGACUUAAUUAAGAAUUGCAUUAGGGUAUUCUUUAGUAGAUAUCACAAAUGUUUUGAUUACAAUGUUAGCAGUGUGGAUUAUGUUUGGAGUAUAUGCUAUUAUAUUGUAUGAAGGACAAUUUGGAUUUUGUGAUGACAAAAUGAAUUUUAAAAUUAAUUAUGAAUAAUGUAUAAGAGAAAAUAGACAUUGGAUUAACUACAAACAUAAUUUUGAUAAUAUAACAGUUGCAAUACCCUCAUUAUUUGUAACAUCAACAUUAGAUGGCUGGGGAGAAAUAUAUUAAAUCGCUGAAAACAGUUAAUUAGCAAGUAUUGGACCAGAGGCAUUCAAUAGUUAUGUAUACACUUACUUCUUUUUUAUCAUAUUUGUUUUCAUAGGUUCAAUGUUCUUUUUGAGUUUAUUCACAGGAGUAUUGUAUUCAAAUUUGAAAGAAAAUUAAUAAAAAAUAGAGAUGACAGAUGAGACUCAGUCUUAGAAGGAAUUCUAAGAAAUUGCAUCAAUUAUAAUUAAAGAUUUUCCAAUAUUCAGUUCUCCUCCUACAAAUGGUAUUAGAAAAUUGGCAUCAGAUAUUACUAACAAUACAUAUUUGUUAAUUUGUAUGUAUUUGUUUUUGAUAUUGGACUUGAUAAUUCUGUUAUUGUUUGAAUCAGAUAUGAGUGAAGAGUACUUUAGAUCAGUCAAUAAUAUCCAUAAUGCUUUGACUGUGUUAUAUGUGAUCUGGGUGAUUUUGCUAUUUUUGGCUUUGGGUAUUGGUAGAUUUUUCGAUAAUUAUUGGAGAAGAUUUUAUUUCUUUUUAAUAAUAGUAUCAAUAAUAGAUUUUAUAGCAGAUUAUUCGAUCGAUUGGAUUAUGAUCUAUUAUAAAUCAACACCUUAUGAUAAUGGAUAUCAAUUAUUGAGAUUGUUUUUCUCUUUGAGAAGUCUAAGAGUGAUUUUGAUCUUCUAAGGACUUAUCAAUUUGUAAAGAUUGAUGAGAGUGAUGGUAUUUGCGUUGCCUUUUUUAGGCAAGAUCUUUACAAUCCUAAUGAUAGCAAUGCUCAUUUUUGCAUUGAUUGGAUGCUAAUUGUAUGGUGAGAUUGAUGGUGGAGCUGUGAUGGAUGAUCAAAUCAAUUUUCAAAAUGUAGCUUAGGCUCUUCUUGCUUUGUUUAAAUGCGCUUCUGGAGAUGAUUGGAGGACAAUAAUGACAGAUACUAUGUAACAUAAUCCUUUGUGUUUAGAAGACCCCAAAUAUUGUGGUAGUGUUAAUAAUUAAUAUUUUUUCUUUUUGUUCAUGCUCUUGUCAAAUUAUGUUUUGCUCAAUCUCUUUGUACUUGGUCUUAUAGAACAAUUUGAACAAUUCUUUUAAUUGCAAAAUUCGCUUAUUCAAACAUAUGUUGAAAAUGUGGAUAAGAUUAAGACUGUAUGGUGUAAAUACUCAUCAGAAACUCAAGGACAAGCCAUGAAUUAUAAGUUCUUAUGCAAGUUUCUGUUGGAUAUUGGCAAACCUUUAGGAGGAAGCAAAGAAGAGAAUCUCUGGGAUGUAGCUAAAUUGGCUUCUUCAUUCAAAUUAAAAUGUGAUCAUUAUGGCUAUAUUUAAUAUAACUAAUUGAUGUAUGAACUAUUUCGAAGAUGUUUUAUCAACGAAGUAUUCAAAGAAGGCACUGAAUCUUCGAUUGUCAAGAUCAAAUAAUUCAAUAAUGAAAUGUAGUUGAGAUUGAUGUACUAUAGAAAAAAUAGAUUAUUAGAGAGAACAAACAUUAGUUCUAGUAAACAAUUAAGAGCUAAUUUCAACAUUUUACAUGAUUAUUUGACAGUUUUAAUCCUAUUCAAAACUUGGGAAUCUUACUCUAAAUUAGUGUUUAUCAAAAUAGAAAAAGAAGGCAAAUUUUCAGACAGUGAUGAAAUAAGCAUUUAAAAUGAUAAAGUCAGUAGACAAAAUUUCAAUUGUUAUGAUUAUGAGGAUGAAAUGUCUGAUUCUGAGAAUUUGACAUCAAAUCAACAGAGCAAAUAGUUAUCCUAAAUGAUGUUCACUAAUACUUUGAAUCAAAUGCAGUAUAGCAGUAGUAUAAGGAGUAGUCCUAAAAGUUAAAUAAAGAACAAUUUCAAAAAAAAUGUUAAAAUCAAACAUAAGAACAAGUAUAACUAAAAAGUUAGUUUAAAUGAACGAAUCAUUGAUCCAACAGAAUAUUUUGGAUAAAUAAAACAUUAAACUACUCAACAAAGUUAAGAAAUUUAUGAAUAAGAAUAAUUGCCAAUAUACAGAAAUUAAUAUGAUCUAUCUUUAUAAAAUGAAUAUCAAUAGGGUACAUUAUUAAGUGCAAGAAAAAAAUAAUGA